AUGGACCACACUUUCACAGACUCUUUGCCUUCGACCCCAUCAUUGGAGGUCCCUGUGCUUACUGUCUCCCCGGCCGACACAUCCCUUGAGGCAGAGGAUGCAGAGCUGGAUAACAAGUCAGACGAAAAGAAAGCAGCGAAGAAGAGGAAAUCCUGGGGCCAGGAAUUACCAGUUCCUAAGACGAACUUGCCUCCGAGGAAACGAGCCAAGACUGACGAUGAAAAGGAGCAGCGCCGGAUUGAGCGAGUUCUUCGCAAUCGCGCAGCCGCUCAGACCUCGCGCGAACGAAAGAGGUUGGAAAUGGAAAAGUUAGAAAACGAGAAGAUCGACAUGGAGCAACAGAACCAGUUCCUCAUCCAGCGACUUUCUCAGAUGGAAGCUGAGAACAACCGUCUAAGCCAGCAAGUUGCGCAACUCUCAGCAGAGGUCCGAGGGUCCCGUCACAGCACACCAAGAGCCGCCUCUCCCGCAUCGGUAUCGCCGACUCUUACCCCUACUCUUUUUAAGCAAGAGGGUGAUGAAAUAGCCCUCGACCGAAUUCCCUUCCCGACACCAUCUGUUACCGACUACUCGCCUACGUUGAAACCUUCCUCUUUGGCAGAGUCCUCCGACCUGACACAACAUCCUGCAGCGAUGUUGUGUGACCUGCAGUGUCAGUCGGUGGGCUCGAAGGAGAUGGAAGUGCCCUCUCGCUUUUCGACCUCGAUGCCAGCCUUAAGCACGAGCCUAACGACGCUGCAGCUCCUCUUUCUGACGAUGACUUCCACCGCCUAUUCCACGGUGAUUCAUCCAUUAAGUCAGAUACUUCAGUCCUUGAAGACGGGUUCGCCUUUGACGUUCUCGACUCAGGAGAUCUAUCAGCAUUUUCAUUUGAUUCUAUGGUUGAUUUUGACACCGAGCCUGUCUCCUUCGAAGACAUCGAGCAACCCAACGACCUUCCGAAUUCGACUUCUUGCAAGACUCCUAGCUUGCAACCCAGCCAUGGCGCGUCCACUUCGCGAUGCGACGGGCAGGGCAUUGCAGCUGGCGGUGCGUGAGAGGUUCUUUCAGGAAGAGCGUUCUGUUACCGGUGUUGUAGAGGGUCGAUGGAGCUGGGAAUCUUUAUUAACCCUGGCAUCGGCGAUAGAUCUUCUUGAGAAGCCUGAACGAUGUGGGAGAAUCUUGAGUGGUUUAAAGUCGUUAGAGGGUAGUCGGCGCAAUAAUUCGGGAAAGCGUUACAAGGUCAUACGGAGUUCACGGAGUUCGGCCAACCCAAGAGAGGCGUUGACGUCUCUGCUGAGGGGAAUGGGCUUACGAUAG